ACAUACAUACAUAUAUAGAGAAUCCCACAAACGGGCGCACGCACUUGCCAAUAGCGAAUAUCCAACCUCUUCUUUCUUGGGGUUGAGAUUAUGCUCUUCUUCCAGGCCUUUCUUCUCCACUUUCACAACAAUCCUACCCACACAACACUUCCUCCAUACCCAUAACCCCUUUUGCUCCCGCUAACUGGGGGGUCACAAAGAUUGGCUCUCAAUUCCCAGCUCCCGCGAUAUUCUUAUUCUUGGAUCUGAUUCUCUUUUAACUGUUUCCGACGGGGCUGCGCCGGCCGUCGAGCAAUUGGGCUUCUUCUCAGAUGGGCCCUAAGCCCGCCACAGAGGGCUGCUGCAACCCCGUGAAGAAACCCGGUCCCGUAUCAAUGGAUCACGUCCUUCUAGCCUUGAGAGAAGCCAAAGAAGAAAGGGACCUCAGAAUUCGUAGCCUGUUCAAUUUCUUCGACGUUGCUAAUGCCGGGUUUUUGGACUAUGCCCAGAUCGAGACUGGCCUCUCCGCUCUCCAAAUUCCACCGGAGUACAAGUACGCCAAGGAUCUUUUGAAGGUUUGCGAUGCCAAUAGGGAUGGACGGGUCGAUUACCACGAGUUCCGUCGGUAUAUGGAUGCCAAGGAGCUCGAGCUUUAUCGAAUUUUUCAGGCCAUUGAUGUCGAACACAACGGCUGCAUUUUGCCUGAAGAGCUCUGGGACGCGCUUGUCAAGGCUGGGAUUGAAAUUGAUGAUGAGGAGCUUGCACGUUUUGUGGAGCAUGUUGAUAAGGAUAAUAAUGGAAUUAUCACAUUUGAGGAAUGGAGAGAUUUUCUUCUACUCUAUCCACACGAAGCAACUAUUGAAAACAUUUAUCAUCACUGGGAAAGGGUAUGCCUUGUAGACAUUGGGGAACAUGCUGUUAUUCCUCACGGCAUAGCUAAGCAUGUUCAUAGAAGCAAAUAUUUUAUUGCAGGGGGGAUUGCUGGAGCUGCCUCCAGAACUGCAACAGCUCCAUUGGAUCGCCUGAAGGUGAUUUUGCAAGUUCAGACAACACAUGCCCAUAUUGGGCCAGCUUUAAAGAAGAUUUGGAAGGAAGGUGGUAUCCUUGGUUUUUUUAGGGGUAAUGGGAUAAAUGUUGUGAAGGUAGCACCUGAGAGUGCCAUAAAGUUUUAUGCUUAUGAAAUGUUGAAGAAUGUAAUUGGUGAUAUUAAGGGUGAAGACAAGGGGGAUAUUGGUACUAGUGGAAGACUUCUUGCUGGUGGUAUGGCAGGUGCAGUGGCUCAAACUGUGAUCUACCCGCUGGAUCUUGUGAAAACGAGGUUACAAACAUAUUCUUGUGAAAGUGGAAAGGUUCCUAAAGUGGGAACUCUUACAAAAGAUAUCUGGCUUAAAGAGGGAUCAAGGGCCUUUUAUAAGGGUCUUCUACCAUCCCUUCUUGGGAUUAUCCCCUAUGCUGGCAUUGAUCUUGCUGCCUAUGAGACUUUGAAAGAUAUGUCAAAGACGUACAUUCUUCAUCAUGACAGUGAACCUGGUCCUCUUAUCCAACUUGGUUGUGGGACAAUAUCUGGUGCCCUUGGAGCAACUUGUGUUUAUCCAUUGCAGGUUAUUAGAACCAGAAUGCAAGCACAACAAGCUAAUACUACCGAUGCUUAUAAGGGUAUGGCUGAUGUAUUUAGGAGAACUUUUCAGCAUGAAGGUUUAAGAGGUUUUUAUAAAGGACUCUUUCCCAAUCUUCUCAAAGUUGUGCCAGCUGCAAGCAUUACAUAUAUGGUUUAUGAAAGCAUGAAGAAGAGUCUAGAUCUUGAUUAGAGAGAAGGUUAUUCAAUUUUGAUGGUGGCAAAGAUGAUCUUGCUGCUGAAAUGCUAAUGCUAUUGAUGAUGACGAUACCAGGUGAAUAAAAUAAGUAAUCAUAUGAUAAUUGCUGUUUAUGAUAGACAAUUAUAACCCCCAGGGGUACAAGGCACAUGAUUUUGUAGUCAGCAUUUUUCUAUAUGCUUAUCUGACAUAAAUAUUGACAAACAACAGUUUCGGCAUAUUUUGAAGGAAAAAAAAAAGGAGGGAGAGAGAAGUAAAAAAGGGAAGGCAAUAGGUUUAGUUAUAUAUAUUUUCUUAUACAUUUGAUACGAUGUCUUGAAUAAUUCAGAUUUUUCUCAAUUUGCAAAUACAUUUGCUAGUUGCUCUGCUGUCAUUGGAUCCUAGAGUACAAGCUUCAGAGCCAUUGUUUGGAAGAUAGACUGUAUUCUUUUUGUAUUGUACACAAUGAAAAAUAAGAUAGACUAUCUUCUCUUUACAUUACAUGCACCCAAUCAUUGUUGGCUCUGCUGUCAAUGGAUCCUAUAAGUGUACAGUUUUCAGAGCAUUUGUUUGGAAGAUAGACUAUCUUCUAUUUUCAGGCAGUGUGAAAAAUAUAUACACAUGCACUACAAAAGAAAAAAUUGCCUCCACAUGAUCCAUCAUUAUGAAAUUUUGUUCUCUUAAAUUCAUUCUUUGCGUAAUGUUGUGAUAAAUUCGGUAUGCCAGAGUUCAUUCUUAGGACUUAAUUGCGAAUGGUGAGGACUAAAGCCCUCUUUCUGUACUUGCUUUUGUGAUUUUAGUCCAUGGGCUCAUUUGUUAGUUCUAGAAGUAUAUUAGUCACUCACCAUUAUUACAACUUCACCAGCUUCAAACGAAUACAUACAUAUUUUGUGGACCCUUGUUAAUAGAUAUUUACUCGACAAGAGCUUUUGUAUGUGGCGGUCCUAUUAGCAAUGGUUUGCUCAAAUAAAUUGUAUUGCGUACUUAGUAUCAGAUGACUAGUGUAUCGUAAAACAUUUUGAUUAGCUAACUGGACAGCAUUGCUUAUAAUGAUAGUAGAUUUCUUUCUUUGAGCAAAGACAUCUUAGAUGGUAUUGGUGUGCACUUUUUUUAUUGCAUUGUAUGUGAAUAUGUUGUGUUUUCUCUUUCCAAUUUAUAUAUGUAUGAUAUUCUUUUUUUUUUUUGAGUUAAAUUUAACUUAGUAUCUUGAUCACACUAACAUUUGAAUAAUUCGUUAUAGAAUUCAUGUUUCAUGAGAUACAUGAUCUAUAGAACAUAUAUAUAUAUUUUCCUUUCUCAAUUAGAAUGAAAAGUAUAUUAUAAGUGAUAGGAGUGUAGAUUUGUUUGGUCUGAUGUGUUUUAACUGUAGUAUAAUUGUUUAUUUCGCUUUGAAGAUUUGAGUUUGUUUCUAGAUUUUCUUUAUAAAUCUUGUUUUCAAAUGAAAGAAAAAUUUUAAUAUCUACUAAACUAGCAUUUGAUCAAUAAAAUUUUAAAACACGCACACAUAGACUCAGCGGUGGCUACAAUCUACUCUGGCAGAGCUCAGAGAUAUCCACUGAGUAUCUAGAGAUUCAAUACAGCUUAUUGAUUUCUAAUAGUAGUUUUGUAUUUGGCACUUAAUCAGCAAGCCAAUAAAACAAUCCCACUCCCAAGCCUUCUCUAAGAAAAAAAGAACAGUAAAUUUAGUUUUGUAUAGUCCAACUUCCCUUUUCCCUUAGUCGCUUUGAGAUCUGCCAUUGACCGAGCUUUAGGUGUCGCACUGACUAGCACAAGUUGUCUGCAUAGUUAGUUAGGAAGGACAUACUUAUAAUUGCUUUAACUUGGGGAGUGGGUGUUAUUUAGAAUCCAAUCAGAGUGAGAUUCCUCUGCUGCUGUUGGAGUUUGAAAAGAGGUAGGGAGAGAAACUCCACUGACCCUUACAAAAAGCCUAAGCAGUGUAAAAUGGUUAGGCAGUGGCAUUGCUUAGAGCCUUGAAGCUAGUACUACAUACUGGAACAGGAGUAAGAGUUUGAUUUGAAGAAGAAAAAGAAAAGGUGAAAAAGAAAAAAAGACAACAAACUGGAAGAAAGGCUUUGCCUUCCCUUUGCCUUUUAUGACUUGCCUUUGUCUAUCACUUCCUCUAGAGGAAGAUGAAGAAGGUGUUGUUCUCUGUGCUUGAAGGAGCACAUGUGGAGAUUAUCUUCUUCUUCUUUUUCCUGCACAUCAUGUCUGUGAGAUGGUUGAUGAUAGGUUAUCACAAAAUAAAGGUUUUGAGUUUUGAAUAUUAAACCUAAGAUUGGAAAGAGUAGUGAU